UUAGCUGGAAAGGUCUGACUUUUGCACACUUUCUUUCUCUUCUACAGGACUCCCAAGCAUGAUUUUCGGUGUGACCAACCCCAUGAGUACUGUGUCGGGCAAUGGAACGUAACAGAGUUUUCCUCGUUGACCUUUGCCACAUCACAGCAACCUGCCAGGGCUGAGAUCACUACUGGCAACACUUCGUCUUCGUCCCUGUCCCUUCUGUUCACCUGACCCCCUAUUCCUGUCCUCUCUGUCCACAGCAUCUUGUCUACCUAAAAAAAGCACGCCUCUUACACUCUAUCCUGGCGCCAACCUAGUGGAUAAUCACUUCACCUACCCCCUUCUUGAUUUGAAGGAUAUAAAAAACAGAAAUGGCAAAAGCAGUCAUGCGCCCACCGCGCUGGUACAAGAAGGACUCGGGCUGUGCCCGCAGAUUGGAUACUCUCAGCUGCGUUUAUGUCCUGUGCAUAGCACUGUGGCUGACUCUAGGUGCGUGUCAGCGCUCUGAACCCAGCGCCAAACACCCGAUUGUCAGCACCAACUAUGGAAAGCUGCGUGGGCUCAAAAAGGAACUAAAUAAUGAGAUAUUGGGUCCUGUGGAGCAGUACCUGGGCAUACCCUAUGCCACACCGCCCAUCGGAGACCGCCGGUUUCAGCCCCCAGAGGCGCCUGGUUCGUGGCCUGAAGUGCGCAACGCUACUCAGUUCGCACCCGUGUGCCCACAGAACCUCCACGGCGUGCUGCCUGAGAUCAUGCUGCCUGUGUGGUUCACUGACAGCCUGGACGUGGCUGCUACUUACAUUCAGAACCAGAGCGAAGACUGCCUCUAUCUGAACGUCUACGUGCCCACCGAGGACGGUCCACUCACAAAAAAACACGAUGAAUCUACAAUGAACCGGCCACGAGACGAAGAUAUUCGUGACCGCAGGAAGAAACCUGUCAUGCUAUUCAUUCAUGGCGGCUCAUACAUGGAAGGAACUGGAAACAUGUUUGACGCAAGCGUGCUGGCAGCUUACGGCAAUGUCAUUGUGGUCACCAUGAACUACAGACUGGGAGUGCUAGGGUUUCUCAGUACUGGAGAUCAAUCUGCUAAAGGGAACUAUGGGCUGUUGGACCAGAUCCAGGCACUACGCUGGCUCAAUGAGAAUAUUGGCCAUUUUGGAGGAGAUCCAGAGCGCAUCACUAUAUUCGGCUCAGGAGCUGGAGCCACUUGCAUCAACCUGCUAAUCCUCUCCCAUCACUCUGAGGGCCUCUUCCAGAGAGCUAUUGCCCAGAGUGGAUCAGCCAUCUCCAGCUGGUCCAUCAACUAUCAGCCGCUGAAGUACACCAAGACACUGGCAGGAAAGGUCGGCUGCUCAUACAGUGAGACAGCUGAUCUGGUAGACUGCCUGAGGAGAAAAAGUUUCAGGGAGCUAGUGGAUCAGGAUAUACAACCCGCACGCUAUCACGUCGCCUUCGGCCCUGUGGUGGAUGGAGAUGUGGUGCCUGAUGACCCAGAGAUUCUCAUGCAGCAGGGGGAGUUCCUGAAUUAUGACCUUUUGAUUGGCGUGAACCAGGGAGAGGGGCUCAAGUUUGUGGAUGAUGGUGGCUCAGAAAGUGAGGAGGGAAUUUCAGCUGCAGCCUUCGAUUACACUAUCUCCAACUUUGUGGACAACCUCUAUGGAUAUCCUGAAGGUAAAGAUAUCUUGAGGGAGACCAUCAAAUUUAUGUACACAGACUGGGCAGACCGUGAUAACGGUGAAAUGCGCCGUAAGACCCUUCUAGCAUUAUUCACAGACCACCAGUGGGUGGCUCCAGCAGUGGCCACUGCCAAGUUGCAUGCAGAUUACCAGUCCCCGGUGUAUUUCUACACAUUUUAUCACCACUGCCAGACAGAGACACGGCCUGAGUGGGCAGACGCUGCACAUGGGGAUGAGAUCCCAUAUGUGUUUGGCGUACCCAUGAUCGGAGCAACAGACCUGUUCCCCUGCAACUUCUCCAAGAACGAUGUCAUGCUCAGUGCAGUGGUCAUGACCUACUGGACCAACUUUGCCAAGACUGGGGAUCCUAACCUGCCAGUGCCCCAGGACACCAAGUUCAUCCACACAAAACCAAACCGCUUUGAGGAGGUCAUCUGGACCAAGUUCAACUCUAAGGACAAGCAAUACCUGCAUAUCGGCUUGAAGCCACGUAUACGCGACAACUAUCGUGCCAACAAGGUGGCCUUCUGGCUGGAGCUGGUGCCUCACCUACAUAACCUUCGUGAUGAACUAAUGAGCUCCAGUACCACCCGCCUUCCCCCACGGCCUCCGCACUGGAAGAGCCCUGAUGCCCGUGCCACACGCCCACCAUACCCCACUUUCCCUCCAGAUCCAGAUCUCGAGGGCUCAGAGCGGCCACGUUUUUCUCCAUUUCCAAAUGAUGUACGUGACUACUCCACUGAGUUGAGCGUCACAGUGGCAGUGGGCGCAUCUCUGUUGUUCCUCAACAUCCUGGCAUUUGCUGCACUGUACUAUAAACGAGACCGGCGGCAUGAGGCACGGCGUCACCGCCUAUCCCCACAGCGUGGCGUGCCAGCCAAUGACCUGGCACACAGCCAAGAAGAGGAGCUCAUGUCUCUGCAGAUGAAGCGCUCUGAGCAGCGUGAUGUGGAGCCACUGCGACCAGCAUGUCCACCAGACUACACUCUGGCACUACGGCGAGCACCAGAUGAUGUUCCUCUUAUGACUCCUAACACCAUCACCAUGAUACCUAGCAGCAUCGCAGGCAUGCAGCAGCUCCACGCCUUCAGCGCCUUCCCCUCCACCACCGGCCAUAACAACACACUGCCUCACCAGCACUCCACCACUCGUGUAUAGUACUGCCCACUUUGCCUGUCCCUUCUCCAUCUUUCUCUCUCAUACUCCCUGGUGAAGAAGUACAAUAGGGCCUCCUGGUGGUCCUCUUAUAGACACACAUGAACAGCAAGAAUGAGCUGUAAAUGUUGGAAUUAAGGAAACUGCUUUUUAUGAUGAGACAAGGCUACAAUUAGCAAGGACACUGUCUAUUAAUGGUUGCUUUGGGAUUUUUUUUCCACAAUGCUCUAAAUGGAAAGGAAUAGUCCAUCAGGGAAAAUAUGACUGUCAUGAAUGGUCUGAUGCAUAGAGAUAGAUAGAGAGAGAAAGAAUGUUUGAUUUUUCUAGUUUUCUUUUGCUCUUUCCUCUCUAGGCUGAAAGACAACAUUUAUCAGCCCUACAUUUCUUCUCUCAACAGAUUCCUCUGGUGUUUUUUGUCUUUUUGCUCUGCUCCCGCUAUAUUUUUUUGUCUUUUCUCUCAUCGCACUACAGCUUUGUCCUCAUCAAAUCCUUUGAACAUGCACUGUGAUCUAGUGUAAUGCACAGGGGAGUCAUUUUAUACACAACAUAUGUGUAAUAAGCAAAUGAUACACAACAACACAUGAUUCUGUUCUUUCUACCAGCAGUUUUGGUGCCAAGUACUAUAGUGUACCCAUGCAACAAAAUACAAAAAAAGUCUGAGAAAAUAAUAACAUUGAUCUGGCAACAGAAAGAAAUUUACAAGUGCCAGCCUGCUUGUUCUCUUAUCAUAUAUUUGGGUUGUCUUAUUUGUUCCCCUUUUUUGUAAGUGAAAUUAAGUGUCUUUCUCAAAGGCUGAUUGUUUAUCUACAAGUGCAUUGUUGGUCACGAUAGCACUGUUUUAAGAAAUUACUUAAAAUCUCAUAGAAAAGCUCAAACCCCUUCUUACCUGCUUUGGUCUUGUCUACAACACCACUGUCUUUUUGGCCAUUCAUGUUAUUACUCUAAUGUUCUUUCAUAUCAGUGUAUAAUUAUUGGUGCUAUUGUUUGAGAUUUGGCCACUGUAGAAGGCAGUAUUUUAUCUUCAGUAUACUAGUGAACUAUCAUAGUCAGAUGGAGUUACACAUAUGAUGGAGUUACACAUAUGAUGCAUGUAUGUAGCUAUUUCUCAGCUUGUGAUAUAGGGCUUGGGAAAAUUUUGCAGUGUUGCACUUGUUUUUCAGCAUUCACACACUUUUUCUCUCUUUUCUCUCCUUGCUUCUCCUGUUUGCACCUUUAUUUCCAGAGAAUGCUAAUUGUGAGGAUUCUGGAGGAUGUGAGUCAGUAUAUGUGUGCGUGCACAAGUUGGUGUGUAUGAGCUGUUCGAUGCAUGUCAGCAGCACCUUACAAGAAUGCAGUAGAAGAAAGUGUGCUAGAAAGACUGCAAAACAAGUUGGAGGCCUCUAGUGUAAAUGUCACCAUAUGGCUUUUGCAUUUUCCUUUUGAAAUCACUCCCUUGUUAGCUUUAGUCAGCAUUCUGCCAGACUAUCACACAAGCUACUGCUGAGCAUGUAGUGGAAACCUUUUUUCUGUAUACAUUUGUGAGCGAAUUUCAGUGAAGCAAAUCCCUAAGCAACAAAUCCAUAACUGUGUGAUGUAACGCUGCACACUCCUUAAAUAUGGUUACAAUAAGCACAGAGAAGUGAGGGAGCUAAAUUGAAUAUUAAUCAGAUUUGAACAGGUAGACCAUCCAAGAUGCAUGUGCAAUCAAGGCAGACAAAAAAGGCCUAGAAGUACAACACAAUGAGGACACAUCAGUCAUUUUGAGGCUUGCUUAGUUUAUUUUUUCUCAAUAAUAUUUCAGUGUAUAGCCUGAUACUGACAUUCUCAUUAGAUUAGGUAUACAUGUGUCCAUUAGAGAAGGUAGGCCUGAUAUACAUAGAAUUAUGGAACAACACCUUAUUUCUCCAUUAUUGUUUACUGCCAUAUCAAUUUUUUUUGUCCUAUUCUGAGUUCUGUGAGAGUGACAGGGUGGAUCUGUGCACGUUUGUCUACAAGCUGAUAUGUGGAAGAACUUAUAGACUGCUGCUGUAGCUAACUAUGACUGAAAAGCCUGAAAGCAGGCCAAUGUCUGAUGCUGCACAGUGCAUUGUAACAUAUAAAAUGUCUAGCAUUGCCUGACUAGCAUACUGGAGAUCCUCUAUGCUGGACAACAACAAAUUGGAUUCAGUUCAUAUCGGAUUCAAACUUAGAGGCACACAAAACCAUCAAGACAUAAAUAAAAGACUUUUUCAUGGAAAAACAACUGUGAAUAAUGAUUCAGAGGUUUACUUGUUGGACCCCUGUGCCCACGUGAUCACUAUUUGUGGUAGGAAACACGGCUAACCUUAAUGCAGCAUACCAGAGUGGAAGUGGACAAGAGCUGUAUACAAAAAAAAAAAAGACGUUUGCCUUUAUUUCUCUCAGUUUUUGUAUACCACUAGAGGGUGAACAGUGGAGACUUUCUUCUCCUGAUGAAGCUCCGGGUUCUCAGAAAGCAAUGCUAAGCAAAGAUAAUAUACAGAGAAGAGGACAUAACUGUACAUUUUUCAGUGUAAGAAAAAAACAACAAAAAUAUUUGUAAAUAUUCUGUUUCUUGUUUGUUUGUUUGUUUGUUUGUUUGUUUGUUUGUUUGUUUGUUUUAUGGGUGAAUGAACUACUUACUUUGUGAACAUGACAACAGGGGCACGUGUUACUUCAGCCACCACAGACAUCACUCUUUCUGAUGUUUAUUCAGUUUAAGGAAUUAACGACCAACUGCAAUUUUACAGAAAGGUUGUAUGUGCUACAGAGUGAAUUUUUGUCUGUUCGAUAUUUUUACACUUGCACUACUAUAAUUAAUCAGCUAUUGAACCCCUAACCCAUAAUCUUUUUCUGACUGUUCAUUCAGUAGUCACUCGUUUUCAGAUGACGAGUCACUGUGUGUAAUGGAGGCUGUUAUGAAGACCUCUGCUCCUUGGGCCUCUUACAGUAGCAUUUGAACUAAAGAGCAGCAUGGGGAAUGUGUAAGAUUGCCUUCACGUCAUUAAGAAAGAAAAUUUUACAUCUGCUUAAUUAUGCACUGGUCAGUUUUUUGUUUUAUUUUUGUUUUUUUCAUAAAAUUUUUGAGACACUCAUUUUACAAAUGACGAAACAUUUUUGCUUUCAUUUUCAAAUGCACCUACUGGCAUCUUACAGUUGCAAUCAAAAUUAUUCAACCUCCAUUGCAAAUCAGGUUUACUGUCAAAAUUUAUAGAUGUUCAGCUGUUUGCAAUGAACAAAUCAAACAAAAGCAAUUGAAAUAGUUCAACACAACGAAUUCUUCGAGUGGUUUCCCCAAAUUCAACUGAAAAUGCAACUUAUAAUGACUUCAGUCUCAAAAUUAUUCAACCCCUUCAUGGCAAGCAUCUUUAGUACUUAGUAGAGCACCCUUUUGCUGUUCUGACCUGCUGCAUACGAGAUGCAUAGCCAGACACCAGUUUCUGGCAGCGUUCCGGAGGAAUCUUAUCCCAUUCCUCAUAAGCAAUAGCCUCCAGUUCAGUAAUAUUCUUGGGUUUGUGUGCUGCAACCACCUUCUUCAAAUCCCACCAGAGAUUUUCUGUGGGGUUCAAGUCAGGUGACUGUGAUGGCCCUGUAGAAUCUUCUAGGACUUCUUCUGCAACCAAGCCUUGGUGGAAUUUGAGGUACAAUUGGGAUCAUUGUCCUGUUUGAAGAUCCAAUGACGCCCAAGCUUCAGCUUCCUCACAGACGGCAUGAGGUUUUCUCCUAGGAUUUCCUGAUACUUCAAAGAAUCCAUCUUGCCUUCCACAUGCUGCAGGUUUCCAGUGCCAGAGGAUGCAAAGCAGCCCCAGAGCAUCACUGAACCACCACCAUGCUUAACUUUUGACAGAGUAUUCUUUCUUCAUUCUUCUUCCUCCAGACAUAUCGCUGAUCCAUCGUGCUGAAAAGUUCCAGUUUUGUUUCAUCACUCCACAGAACAAAAAUUCUGUUGCUUAUUUAUGAUUUUGAGCCGACUUUUCCUGUACUUUUAGGUCAGUAGUGGUGUAUGUCUUGGAGUUCUGGCAUGGAAACCUUCUACAUUUAGUAUUUAUUAUGCGCCAUACUGUGAACUCACAGAACCCUCAGUGCUUGUAGCCACCAAGUCUUGCUGCAGGUCUUUUGCAGUCAUUCAAGGGUUUUACACAACCUGCCUUUUCAGAAAUCUGGUUGCAGCUGUUGAUAUUUUCCUUUUUCUGCCCCGUCCAGGUGUUUCAUGUAUUUUCUAACCCUAACCAGUUCUGGAAUUUCAUGUGUUCCAGCUCAACCACACCUGUUGCAACUAAUGAAGCCCUUGAUAAGGUGUACCAGUUGUACACAACCUGUUUGGCAUAUUUGUGACAACCUGUUUAGCAUAUUUGUGCUGUUGUGAGGGAGGAUUCUGUUCAGGUGGUUGAAUAAUGUUGAGACUGGAGAAGUCGUUAAAAGUUGCAUUUUCAGAUGAAUUUGGGGAAACCACUUGAAGCAUUCGUUGUGUUGAACUAUAUCAAUUGCUUUUGUUUGAUUUGUUCAUUGCAAACAGCUGAAAGUCUGUAUAUUUUGAAAAGAAACCUGAUUUGCAAUGGGGGUUGAAUAAUUUUGAUUGCAACUGUACUAUAUUUAUGACUACCAUUGGUAAUCCUGCCAGCUUUGCGGUUUAAAUAAUGAAAAAACAAAAGAAGCACAUAAAAUCCCAUUGGGGAAAAACUCUUUUUGAUCAUAAGAUCUGCUGUGUACCAAACCUGUGCCUGUUGUCUUGUUCUUACUUUCUUUGUUGAAAAUCAGAAACCCGAUAAGAUGAAGAAAGUGUGUUAAUAAUGAACUUAAAAUAGAUGAUUAUUAAAAAAAAAAAAAAAAGAAAAUAUAUAAAUAAGGAGAUGAUAUUUCUGUUUGAUUUAGAAAUUAUUACACACUGUAUGCUGUGACUCUGAUCUGGGAAACAUUAAAUACAUUCAUAGCCCGUUACCUGUCACUGUUUGUUUACUGAAUAACCAUGCCUCUUAAUCAGCUCACAAGUGUCAUGGUGCAGAAUUUAUUUACAUUACACUGGAAAAACUACUUAAAACUAUGGACAUUCUGCAUGAUUUGGUUUCAAAGGCAAAAAAACACUUAACAAGGUUUUCUCGGGACAUGACUUCAGAAUUCAACUCCCUUAAAAGUCAUCACAUUCGUCUGGAUUACAAACAACACUUAUACAGGUCCAGCUAGUA